GAUGGUGCUAAGGCGACCGAUUGUGAGGAAGACGAAGGUGGCACCACUGACCUUGUGAAGUCGUUGGCUUGUAUCGCAUGCCAAAAACGCGCGCGACGGCUGUAUGACUAUUGUGCUCUGAGUGCCCAAGCGAAGUAUAUGAACCACAGUAGGCAACCUGACUGGAAUGCGAAGAGGAAGACUCAAUAUAUGCGCAAGAGUUUGCUAUCGAGAGAAGGAUGAAGGAGACAAAAGCCGAAGAUCCCAAGACGAAGGCAGGACAUCAGGACGCGCAAUGCAAUCGUCCGGGUCAAAUACCAGACUCUGGAGAAGGAAAACUUGAAGGAACUGCCAACCGUAAUUCAACAAGUCGAACCCGACGGCGUCGAAGAUUAAUGUUUCUAUCGCACCAAAACUCUCUUGCAGCCCAUUUCCACUACAUUGGGAGGGGACGACCGCUAGACUUGCGGCUAGACCCGGAGAUACGCCAUGGUCGGCGGGAGGUCCGUCGGUGCGCGCGGGCCACAUUUCAGUGCUUAGCAGGAAGGAUACGCCGGACGCCAUUUGACGAUAGGGAAUGGGGGAAGGGGGCGCCUUGCAACAGAAGAGAUCAAGUAGAAUUGCGGCGUGACCGUUGGCGUUGGGCGUUAGCAUUUCACACGACAACUGGAGUAUAUAUAUGGAGGCGGUCAUUGAUAUUCUUGCACAGUGCCACAGGCCUGAGACGCGACGUCCGUGAUUUCCGCUCCCAUCUGCUUCAGAGUGAUUGAUAUUGCACAAUUGGGAGUUGCGGACACCGCGGUCGAGUUCCGUUGGAGACAGCCCCGGUACCGCCUGGACCUUCUGCCUCAUUGCCUCAUGGCUGCUGCGCCAUCACCACGGUUAUGAACGCGAAAUUGUUGGAAAGUUGUUCUACUGAUGCUGGAACCACAUAGUAGUCUUCAUGCAAUGCGAAUAUCUGACGUCGAUUCCGGAUGGUUACGAUGCGAACAGCGGCGUGCUCAG